AUGCUGAGCUGUAAGCAACUGAUUUCUCGACUGCUCCCUCUUCGGAGAACGAGCACAUUUGCUCGUGUGCAAGCCACCGACUAUGUGGAAGUCCAGGAGGAGCAGGGCAAUCUCCUGAAGUACCCACAAGUUUGGCUUAGGGACAACUGUCAGUGUGCCGAGUGCUUCCACGCAGCCACAAGGGCCAGGAAAAGUCACUGGGAGCGUGGCCCGCUGAACAUACCGGUGUCCCAAGUGGCCUACAACCAGGAGAAGAAGCAGUUGGAGAUCGUCUGGCAGGACCAGCACAAGAGCUCCUUCGACCUGGGCUGGCUCAGAGAAAGGGACUUUGGAGAGGCUGCCAGAAAGCGUUACUUGGAGGAGGUUUACAAGCCACCCGCACAGCUGUGGGGAAAGUCGGAGUUCGAGGCUGUGAGAAGAGAAUUCCAGUACCAGGAUGUGCUGCAGCAAGAUGCAGCCUUAAGGGAUUGGCUUGAGGCACUGGCCGUCCAAGGAUUCGCUAUUCUGAAAGGGGCUCCCAACGACACAAAUGUGGCCAAGAACUUGGCCAAAAGGAUUGGCUACAUUAAACGCACCACCUACGGCGACGUUUUCGAGGUGAAAUCCAAGCCAAACGCGGGUAACUACGCCUAUCUGAUGACUCCCCUGCCGCUCCACACCGACAUGCCCUACUACGAGUACAAGGCGGGCAUCAACAUCCUGCACACACUCGUCCAGUCGGAGUCCAAAGGCGGAGCAAACACCCUGACAGACGGCUUCAACGUGGCCUCUCAGCUGCAGAAACAGCAUCCGGAGGACUUCGAGGUGCUCAAGUCGGUGCCCGUGAACUGGUUCGACAUCGGACACGACGGCGACGACUCCAAGCCCUUCCACAGUCUCUGGAGGGCGCCAGUGAUUUGCUUGGAUGUGGAUGGCCGGUUCACGAGGAUCAACCAGAACACCACCAAGCGGGACAGCCGCUUCUCCGUUCCCCUCGAGCAGGCCGUGUCCUGGUACAAGGCCCACGAUAAAUUCCUUGAGAUCGCCCAGUCCCAGACGGUGGAGUUCAAGACCCAAGCCGGCGAUGUGUUCGUCUUCAACAACCUGCGCAUGUUGCACGGAAGAACCGCCUACGAGGAUGCGCCAGGCAACAAGCGUCACUUGGUGGGCGCCUAUGUCGACUGGGACAUUAUCUACUCCAAGCUGCGAACCCUGAAGUUCCCCAAUGCCAAGGACUGACCGAGAAAAUGCUGGGAUUCAGUUGGGCUAUAUCUAUAAAUACUAAUAAAAUGGUUGUGCUUUUCUACAUUCAAGUUUACAA